AUGGAGAUGGCGGAAGGCGGCAAUGUGAUGCAUCAUUGCAACGAAGUCCUCAACCUCAGCGCGAAGCUCAGCAGCACCGGCGCCAAGAUGGAGGACGAGGACGUGGCGAUCUGCUUGUUGCGCACUCCCCAAGAGCUACGAGAACGUCGUCCUUAUUUUGGAGAUGAGCAGCACGGAACUGCGAUCGCGAGACGUCGUGAGAGUGCUCACGAAUGA